AUGAAAAAUCCAUUUUCAGCAGCGAGCAAUCAGCUCACCGCCGCCAAAUCAAAACUCACUUCCGGAUGGUCUGACGCCAUAGGGUUACGUAGUCGCUCGGAGCAAACGAAAAUGCCCGCACCUCAACUGCGACAUGUCGGCAACGCUUGGGCGAAAUCGUUGCUAAUCAAAAGUUCAAAAGACAAACCUACUUCACCUGACCGAACGCGCCGUGGUAACAAGAGAUGUGAACAUCGCGUACGUGAUUCAGGGGUGAACUAUCACAUUGUCACUAAUACGGUGACAGGUCAAGACCUAAGUUAG